UUUACGUUCCUCAAACGUUUCAGAAAAUUAUCGAAUAAAUAAUUGAAAAAUAACUAGUUUCAGCUCAUAAAAUGGGCUCCGAUAGGAAAAAACAUAAAAAGGAGUCUAAGAAGCACAGACACCGUUCAAGAUCCGAAUCCGAGGAAGAUGAAGAAUAUCGUCGGGAUCGCGCCGAAAGGAAAAAAGUCAAGAAGAGCAAGGAAAAGAAACGUCACCGUCGCAGCAGAUCGCGAUCCGUAGAGGAAGUCAAUAGUGAUAGCUCCGAUUGCGUUGAAGUUCCCGUUUUGCCACCCCCAGCUCCAACAAUUUCAAGUUCUCGUCGUCGUGCCAGUCCCGAAGUUGAAGUUCCUCCGCCGCCUCGUCGAUCUCGUUCGCCUGUUAAACGAAAGCAACGUACUCCAAGCCCGCCGCCAAUCACCCAGAAACGUCGCAAGAGCAAAUCCAUGUCUCCGAUUCCCGAUGGCGGCGCAGGCGAUUGUCUCAGCAUCGAAGAAACGAACAAAUUGCGCGCGAAACUCGGAUUGAAACCGCUUGACGUGACGCCAGCGGAAAAGAAACCAAGUCCCGAAAAAGAUGCAAAGCCCAAAAAGGACGGCGAACCAGAACUGAAAGUUUUGAAGGACGAUUGGGGCGAAUUCGUGCAUAAACCAGCAGAAAACUUCGCCGAGAAGAAUAACGUGGCGAAAAUUCGUGAACGUCUCAAGGAAAGACGCGAAAAACGAGCUUUAGAGGCACGAAUUACGUCGUUAAAAACAUUGGGCGAGUCCGAUGGGGAAGACGACGCGAAAAAUUGGGUGACGAAACAACGUGACACGGUGAAAUUGAAGCAAGAAGCCGAAAAACGGGCAAAAAUGCUCGAAGAAAUGGACGAGGAAUUCGAAGCGCCGGUCUUGGUCGACGGUGAAUUACGUCGCAGGAAGAAAAAAGCUUACACCAACCGAGAUUUGCAAGGAUUGAAGGUCGAACAUGACAUCAGCAGCUUCACCGAAGGCAAAUCCGUGAUUUUAACGCUCAAGGACAAAGGCGUUUUGGAUGAAGAGGAAGACGAUACUUUGGUCAAUGUGAAUUUCGUUGACGACGAAAGAUACAAAAAAAGUGUCGAAAAUAAGAAACAAAACCCGCAUCGAUACGGCUAUGACGUGUACGAGGAGCAAGUUGACGAGUUCGGACAACCGAUUGAACGUAGUUUGUUGAAAAAAUACGACGAAGAGGUCGGAGAAGUGAAAAAAUCGAGCUUUGUGAUUGGCGAAAGUAUCGAAGAAGAACGAAAACGCAAGAGAAAGUUGCAAGAAUUAAAGGCGAAGCUCGAAAACAAGGCUCUUGUCUCACUUGACACGAUUCCUCUGACCCUCGCUUCCGAGUAUUACAACGAAGAAGAGUUAACCAAAUUCAAAAAACCCAAAAAGAAGGUCAAAAAAGUCCGUCAAAAGUUAAAAGCUGACGAUUUACUCGCCAUGGCGGCAGAUCACGACUCCAAAAAGGACUUUGGCUCCCGUCGAAAUCGCCAUCUCGACACCGAUGACACGGAAAUCCCCGACAUUAAGCCAGACGACAUCAAAGUUGAAGUCGACGAUGACUUGGAAAAAGUUUUAUCCAAAGCAAGGCGUCUCAAACAGAAGGAAGCGAUCAUCCAGAAACCCCUCCCGUUGGAACAACUGGCUGUCAAAGAGGAAAUUAAGCAAGAAGACGACGACGAAGACGUUUCCAACGGCUUAACGUUCAAUUCGAACAUCAUCCUGAACGAAACCGCUGAAUUUUGUCGAACUCUCGGCGAUAUUCCAACUUAUGGCUUGGCAGGAAAUCGCGAUACCGACACAGCAGAAAUCAUGGACUUUGAUAAUAUCGAUCAGGAUAUCGACGAGAACACAAAACGACAUAAUACCUGGAACACCGUCGAUCCGGACGAGGAAAUGCCCGAUGUGAUUGAUAUCACGGACGACGUAAAGCAUGUAGCGGAAGCGGCGAUUCUCGAUGAAGAGCCUGAUGUCGCGAGCGGCGUUGGAGCAGCACUUAAACUCGCAAUGUCGAAGGGUUAUUUGGAGAAGGAAGAGUCAAAUCGACCGAGUAAUGCGAAAUUUGCGCAUUUACAAGCCAAAAACUACUCCAUUGAUGAUAAGGCGUAUGGCGAGGAUGACAAAUAUAGUCGUCGUGAUCGAUAUUCGGGACCGCUGAUGGAUUUCAAAGAGAAAGAGGGAUUCAAGCCAAACGUGAAACUGGAAUAUAUUGACGAUAAUGGACACAUUUUGAAUGCGAAAGAGGCAUUUAGGUAUUUGUCACACAAGUUCCAUGGCAAGGGACCAGGCAAGAAUAAGGUUGAGAAGCGUCUCAAGAAGGCGGAACAGGAAGGGUUGAUGAUGAAAAUGAGUUCAACUGACACGCCAUUGGGAACGCUCAGUAUGCUGCAACAAAAGCAAAAAGAGACCCACAGUGCUUACGUAGUGUUAAGUGGAAAUAAGGCUGGCACGAGUACUAGUUUCGUUAAGGAAAAGUAGAAAAGUAUCUCAAUGUUAUCAGAAUUUGUAGCGUCUUCUAAAAAAAAAUUAUCGAAAAUAAAAAAAAAUUAUUAUUUGACAAAA